AGUUAUAAAUUUCUAAUUUAUUCGCUCGUCUUCCUCUUUUGAAAUCUUUCUCUCUCUCUCUCUCUAUCGGUUCGUUAAAGCUUGAGCAGCAUCAAAAGGCUAUCGAUUCUCCAAGUAGGCCAUGGAUCUCGAUCUGUGGAUUUCUAAAGUUAAAGAAGGGCAGCAUUUGAUGGAAGAUGAGCUUCAGCUUCUAUGCGAAUACGUCAAAGAGAUUCUCAUUGAAGAAUCAAAUGUGCAGCCUGUCAAUAGUCCAGUCACUGUUUGUGGUGACAUCCAUGGGCAGUUCCAUGAUCUAAUGAAACUAUUCCAGACAGGAGGUCAUGUACCGGAGACAAAUUAUAUUUUUAUGGGUGAUUUUGUUGACCGGGGGUACAACAGCCUAGAAGUUUUCACUAUUCUUUUACUUCUUAAAGCAAGGUACCCUGCUAACAUAACUCUUUUGCGUGGAAAUCAUGAAAGCAGACAACUAACUCAGGUUUAUGGUUUUUAUGAUGAAUGCCAGAGGAAGUAUGGAAAUGCUAAUGCAUGGCGGUAUUGCACUGAUGUUUUUGACUACCUCACUCUCUCAGCGAUUAUAGAUGGAACAGUGCUUUGUGUCCACGGUGGUUUGUCGCCUGAUGUCAGAACAGUGGAUCAGAUUAGAGUCAUUGAACGGAAUUGUGAGAUUCCCCAUGAAGGACCAUUCUGUGACUUGAUGUGGAGUGACCCUGAGGAGAUUGAAACAUGGGCAGUCAGUCCCCGUGGUGCUGGUUGGCUUUUUGGGUCCAGGGUCACAUCUGAGUUCAAUCACAUAAACAAUCUAGAUCUGGUUUGUCGGGCCCACCAGCUGGUACAAGAAGGACUAAAAUACAUGUUCCAAGAUAAAGGCCUUGUAACUGUGUGGUCUGCACCAAAUUAUUGCUACCGUUGUGGGAAUGUAGCUUCUAUAUUGAGCUUCAAUGAGAAUAUGGAGAGAGAGGUGAAGUUUUUCACUGAAACAGAAGAGAACAACCAGAUGAGGGGCCCUAGGACAGGAGUACCAUAUUUCUUAUGAGCAAGGCAUUUGUUCUUGUCAAAUGUAAAAUUAUUUGAGAAGUUUGUUGAUCAUUCCUGUCAAUGGGAGGAGAAAAGAGGGAGAUGUUAUCAUGAAGAAGCCUUCAAUGCAUCAACUUGCCGUAGAUCUUUAUUUUUUACGGCUUGAUAUUUGCAGGAGCUUCUUUGGACGUACCUGCCUCUUUUGAUAUGGGUGUUGUAUAUUAAAGACUUGUUAUUUGUUGGUCUUAGCUGCUUACCUAGUUUCUUUCCGUUCCAUUUCUUUCUCUCUCCUACACAGGUCAGUAUCCCCCUCUAGACUGAGACUCUGCCGUCUCUAAUGCAGAAUGCAUGUGUUCAGCUCUGUGAAAUGUAAAGAUUCUUUUAGU